CUACGCCACACAUCGAUCACGGGGUCUUCGAUGUAUGCAUGUAGGACAGCUGUAUCAGCCUGCCGAGGAAGCCUCCAGCUUUUACAGCCCGCUUCAGCCAGCCGGCACACACAAGCUCCACACACAGCAGCACCAUAGCGACGGCCAGCGCGACAAACGCCAGACCGCCGAGACACAGCAGUACCAGUGCGGGCACAUCAGCGUAGGCCCUGGUGUACUUAUCAUGGUAAAAUACAAGAUGGCCGAUGAGCAUUGCCAGGCUCCCUGCCACUAUCAGCAGCAGCCCGACAAGCACACACAGCAAGAUAAUGCCACGGACCCCGGCCUCUCGAUGACAGCGAGGUGGGUACGCGACCUCCGAACACAGCAGCACCAUGGCGACGGCCGGCACGACAACCGUCGCGAGGCCGACGUAUACCAUGAACCACUGUCGGUCGUGCGCCACGCUCAGGAGUGCUGCCAUGCCAGAAACCGCUCCUGAUGGGGCUAUCAGCAGCGCCAUCAGCCCGACAACCACACCCAACCGCAUGAUGACACGCACCCUGGCCUCUCGACUGGAGCGAGGGAUCCUUGUUUCACCUGAGGGAGGCAACACAGGACACAGAGAGAUCUUCCAACCACUGGCCGGCCGACCACCAUGCACUGCCCACUUUGUUUCUCCGCUCGGUGCACGUCUGCCUCACUCACAUGUGGCGGCUUGGAGCUCUUCGACCUUCCAGGUCUCGCGGUAACCUCCGAGCAGGGGCUGGGCCAUGUGACACCAAGUCAGAUGCCUGACGGACACACAGCGCAUGUCAACACCAACACCAACAGCCAGCCAGCCAGUGAUCAAGGACUUACACACACACACACCUACCUCUUGCACACCCACCCACCCACCUGAGUGCGGCGGCAGCUGCCCUCGAGGGCUGUUGGGAGCUCCUCGAACGGGUAAGAUGCCACAUCACGUCCACAGAGCGACGUCCACAGAGCCGACGUUCGGCAAGCAGAUAGGGGUCGAAAAGCGUUAACGAAUUCGCAGGCAGGACAGACCAGAGGCCAGAAGCUAAGAGCCUUGACAGACUGCAGCUGUUGCCACAAGAUGGGC